AUGGGCGUCUUUGACAGCCUCGAUGCGGCCAUCACCGGCAUGCUUGGUCAGUGGAACGUCUACUCGACCGGCCUGGUGACGCUGCUGCUCGUUGUUUUCUCAUACCGCAUCAUUUCAAACCGCGAACCCGAUGUGCACCCAAUGCUCUUGGCUCGCCAAGCUGUCCCUUCAUCAGUCCGAAAUGAAGGAGAAAGUCCCAUCUACCGAUCCCAGGCUUCUCCUCACGGCAUGCCGCUCAACACCGGCCUUAACGUGAAGGAAGCUGGAGCUUCCAAGUGGUCUCGUGGUCGCAAUGGCGAUUUGAGGGAUGUUUGGAGAAAGGCCGCCGAGGGUGGUGAGAAUGGAGUCAAGGGACGAAUCCUGACUGUUCUGGGUUCGCAGAACGUUGUGGACCACAAGCUUGACGACAUCACUCGCCAGAUCAACCUUAUCGGACAACACAUUGCUGAGGCUGGAGGCAUUAGAGUCGCCAUCUACUUGUCAAACUCAAUCGAACUCCUGGUAGCGCUUUUCGCCUGCAGCUUCUAUCCGAACUUGACAACGGUCCUGAUCCCAUUCAAUGUUUCCAACGAAGAACUCGUGUCUAUGCUUCGCCGCUCCGCCGCCGAUACAAUGAUUACUGCUCCUGGCGCAUUCCCUUUUGAUGCCGUCAUCAACGCCUAUCCGUCCCUUCGACAGCUCAUCUGGGUUACGGACGAAGGAAGCAACCACAUGGACUGGAACGAGGUUCCCGAGGGUACUGGCGGUAACAUCAAUGUUGCUACUUGGCAGGACAUUCUCCGGGACUCCCCCGUGCAUGCCGGCAGCGAGCUCCCAGUUGUUGAUCCUGAGAAGACUCCUUCCGACCUCGUUACUUUCUGGCAGGCCAAGCCCGGUGAGGUUGAAGAGAUGGUGCGCUUCAGCCAGGCCAACCUUGUCUCUGCCAUCUCAGCUCAGCUCGCAGCUAUCCCAACCAAGGAGCGCAUCAACCCGUCUGAUCUAUUCCUACCAGCCGAUUCUCUCACCAACGUUUACACCCUUGUGGUCACGUUGGGCGCUCUUUAUUCUAACGCCUCCAUCGCUCUAAACUCUGUCGCUGGCAAGUCGUCAGACUUGGUUCUCGCAACUCAAGGUGUUGCUCCCACAGUUCUGGUUGCUAGUCCUGAGACACUUCUCAAGACUCACGAAGAGUCAACAUCCAGACUCGGCUCAGCCCUGGCUAACGUCUCUCAUGUCAUGUCUACUCGAUCUCUGGCCUUGGAGGGUGUCCACUCUACAUCCAACCUCUUAUCGGGUUUCUCUAGCGCAUCCACAUCACUUGGUACGACGCCUGGUAAACUCCGUCUGGUCUUGGCGGCCGAGCGUGCUGGCUCCGAUACUCCUCUCCUGUCUGCAAAUGUCCUGUCUGAUCUACGCAUCUUCACUGGUGCAAGGGUUGUGUAUGCUCUCACAGCGGCCAAGGUUGCUGGUGCUAUCAGCCAGACUGCUUUCUACGAUUACAGACUCCCUACCGACGUCAAGACACACUUUGGACCUCCAUUGACCAGCGUUGAGGUGUAUCUGAAGGAUACUGAUGUUCACAAGACUACUGACGACAAGAUUGAGGGACAGAUUGUGGUGAAGGGACCAAGCGUUGCGGGAGGAGAGGUCAACAUUGGCGUCCCCGGAAAGAUUCGACAUGACAACACCGUUGCUUAUGCUUGA